UUCAACGUUCUGGGCGGAGUUUGCUUUCACUUGUUGGGCUACAGAUUAUAUGGAAUAAUUAUUGACUGUUUAUAUGUAACUGUGCUAACGUAACGUUACAUGAAAGAUUGUUUGAAAACUUCCACGUCUUUUUGGACACUUUUAUUUCAGCUGGCAGAAACAUUUGCGUGUCAAGCAUGUGGAAUCAAGUCGAACUUCUUCUGAACGAGGAUACUAACACAAUCCGCCUCUACAGCGAUGUUGAACAAGAGUCCGGAAACGCUUUAUAUCAAGUGGAUACCUUGGUUAAACUCUCGUCUUCCGAAAAGGUGGUGUCUAAUCCAAAGGUCUAUGCCUUCAGCACUACAAAUUGCUGCAUCAUUGUGGCUGACACUGCUGUGGUUCUCUUUGAUCCUGGUUUUCAGACUGUUCUGAAUCAUUUCUAUUUUGACACUGUAGUCGAUGCAGUUACUACUUGCCCCCAAGGACAGUUUCUUCUGGUUGGAGAGAGAAGUGGAAGUCUGCAUAUCAUCUAUGUCCCUCUGAAGAAGACAGUGCUGACCAAAACUAUGCACAAACAAACCCCUACUGAUGGCGAUGAGACAACCUUCAAGAGACUAAUACUGAAUGAGACACCUGGUUCUAAAGGAGUGUAUGAUCUCUUUUUUAUUAUUAAUGAUGGUUUCCUACACACAUCCAACGUUGCCCUGGGAAAAAUCCAGAGAGCGAUUGAAAACAUGGAUCUAGUGACCUUAAAUAAGAUCCAAGAUGAUAUCCUUAUGAACUUCUGUUCAACUAAAGAGAUUCAUGAAGAUGGUUGCAAGUCAGCAGGUCUAGUCUGUUUUGGAAGCACAAUGCACCUUCUGAUUGGGGCUGUUGGUGCCAAUGUACUUUCACUUUGGACCAUGGUCCCUAAGCAGAAAUCAUUGUCUCUCUCAAAACUUCUUGACUCUGCUUUUAUGUCAGAGGUGAAGAAAAUUCAAGUUGUGGAUAAUUUGAUGUAUGUUCUAAACGGAGAGGGCAUGCUCAAUUUGUUGGACAUUCACUCUUUUGUCCUGCUUUGUUGCUGGCCAGAUCAGUACAUUGUUGAUUUCUUGCUGAUAUCGGAUGGAAACUCCUCAUCUAUUGCACAGCAAGAUGAUAACGGCAUGAAAAUCAUGUCCUUGGUUGAAGAAAAGGGUCAUGCUAGGAAACUUGUGGUUCAGUCUCUGCCUUCUAUGGAGGUUUUCUACUCACUCGAAGUGUCUUCUCAGUCUUGGUUGAUCCAGAAGGGAAUCAGUAUGGACACUAUCUAUCUGCUGGAGGGAAUUUUGGCAAACACAAACAGCAGCCCUGAAGAUCCAGUGUCUACUGUUGUGAUAAGAUGCUUCACAGAGGCGCUGCCAGAGAACAGACUGAACAAACUUCUUUAUAAGCACAAGUUUGAAGAUGCAGAGAAAUUUGCCAAAGCCUUUGGACUUGAUGUUGAACUGGUGUAUAAGGUUAAGCUUAAUGUUGUGCUGGAAAAGCUUAUCUCGGCAUCAGGCAGUGAUCAAACCCUUGAGUGGCCUAAGCUCAUUGAAGAGGCCAAAACCAACCUAAUGAAGAUCAUGGAUGAGCAGUUUGUGGUGCAGUACUGCCUGACUGCUUCCUGGCCUACUCUCAGCAUAGCUGAAGAGAUGUUAAAUUACACCUUAAACCGUUUUCCGUGCUGCCAGAUCCAAACAGCCCUGGCUAAGCUCGCCACGUUUGCCAACGUGUAUGGACCUGGCAACUUUAAGGGCAUACCAUGGAUUGAGUUCUUAAACAGAACAGAUUAUCUCAAAGACACCUUCGCUCUUCUCAAAGAGGGGAAUCUUAGUGGAGCACAAUACUUGUGGCUUCGACACGAGGGUGAGUUUGCCAGGGACUUUGAUGAAAGCUGCCUUCAUGCUCUACUGGGCUCCAUUUCGUCUGACAUUGCAUCACAGGAACUGAGUCUGUGGUUUAAGGGUGCUGUGGUCCCAUUUGUAUGGAGAGUGUUGCCCAAAGGACAGAAAAUCCUUGCCAGGUGGUUGGACCAACGUGCAAGGAAUCUGGAGUUAACAGAGAAGAGUGACUGGCCUCAUAAUGGACUGGUUCUGGCUGAACUUGGGUUGCCUUCCCUCUGGAGGUCUAUGGGUUUGGCUGAAAUAUGUGGAUCAGAGGAAGUGCAAAACCUAAAGUCUCUAGUGGCAAACCUCAGGCAGCUUUGUGACCUCUACUCCAAAUACAACUGCCAUCUUUCACUGUCUGACUUUGAAAGGGGAAGCACACGUAGUAUGGCCUUUUUGAUGCUAGAUAAAGUUCAGGCCCCAGAGCUGAUUCCUGCAGUAAUUAAGAGUAGCAUUGAACCCUAUGCUCUUGAGAAUGGAUUGGACCUGGACCAGACCCUCUUACACUACAUCAAGGACUUACUAGACUGUUGCAGUUCUCAAAUCACCUCUCUCUUCACUGAAUGGGAGGCUAAAGCUGUGGCUGUACUGCACUGCAUGACAGACACUAAUAAAGUGAUGGAUGCUGUGAUUGAAAUAAUGUAUAAGGCUGUGGUGCCCUGGAGUGACACCAUUGAGAAACUUGUUCAGCAGCAUCUGGAGAAGGAACAUCCAAAACAGGAGUUGCUGAGGGAGGGUUACAGACUGAUGGAAAUAAAGAAACUUCUCAGAUGCUAUGGUAUCCGAAGCUUAGCUCUUUCUAACACUCGGGAUAUCAUGAUGCUUGUGAGGCACAUUCUAAAACAGGACCUGCCUACCUCUCUUGAGGACUCACUGAAGUUAAUUGAGGCCUACAAACUAAACCCAGCAGAGAUCCACCAUCUUCACUGCAUCCAUCUCAUACAGCAUAAUAAGAGGGAGAUGUGCAUUGGCUUGCUGAAGAAUCUGCCCCAAUCUGAGGCAGAAUUUGUGAUUGAGCGACUGGCCUGUUGGGCAAGACUUGAACUUCAAGACAAGCGACACAUUUCUGAAGAGCAGAAGAAAUUACAAAUGCUAAUAUCCCAGAUUAUGGUUGAAGCUUUGAAAUACCUACAGAGCAUUCAGACAGAUGAUGCCUUCAAGAAAACUGAAUGCGAGAACCAUCUGAAGAUGUUUACAGCCAUUGCUCAUCUACAGGAAGACUUUGACAUCUUUUUGACACCAGAGGAAUAUGACGAUCCAGUAGUGAGACAUAAGUUCAACCAACAGCUCAUCACUGCAUAUGAGAAUGCACAAGCAUGGCGGCGCUCAGGAAAACAACACCCUGACAAGCUUUCGAGCAGUCAUUUGAAUGGUAAUUCUGCAGUAGCCAAUGAUCCAGAUGGUAAAACGAAGACACUCUCUACUGAAGCUGGGCUACAUCGACUGGCCAGACAGCUACAGAAGACGGAGCAGGAACUUUGGGCAGACCUGGCUCUGAGAGCUCUGGAUGCUGGAGAUGUGGAGAAAGCUUUACAGAUCCUCAGUGAGCUAUACAAACAUCACUCAAACUGCAGCACAGGACAAGUUCUGUUCAGCACUGCCCAGCGCAUUUCUCAAAUGCUGGAGGAAAAUGUCCCAAUGGUUUUGCCUGAAAAGGUUAACCUACCUGCUGUCAUCCAUGGGCUGGCCUGUCAGGCUAUUACAGUCUGCCACAGUGACCUUCUGCUGGACUGUUUGGAGCUGUGCAAAAGCACCAGAAGUGCGGCAGAUGUGUACAGACAAUGUCAGAUUGAAGAUUUUGGAUUUUUUGCUAAGGAAUCUUCAAUGAGUGGUGAAGAAGAUGCGUACAUUGAAUCACAUUUUCAUGAUGUCUUUAACGAGGACUGCAUCGUGCUGGAUCCAGUCUCAGUGCUGCCACUCCAGUAUAAAAUCACCAGAAAUCUGUUACCACUGUCAGAACUGAGGCUUUACCCUUUUGAUUGUUCCUGUCUAUCAUACUGUGCUCUCAAAGCAGGCACUGAUUUGGUCGGGCCUUUGCUCAGUCCCUUGGCCUCUAUGCUGCAAAUGCUGCAGGAGUGCAGUCAGCUAGAACUGGCUCUUCGACUUCUGAUGGAAUCUUACAGCAGCAUAUUAAUGCACUUUGUUUCUAACAACAUGGAUAUCUCUCUAAGCAUGCGGCUACAGUCUAACAACCGCAUGGCCAGAGACAAACAGACUCUUGAUGGGAUAGAGAAAACUGUUCUCUCAUCUGUCACUGUGGUUGUGGUCUCCUUGUUACAGAAGGUGCUCAACUGGAAAGUGGUCGACUCUGAUUUGGCCAUUGGGCUUUGUACCGUUUUGCCCAGGACAGCAGUUGUGGAUAUUCUAUGGAAAAUGAUCACCAGUGCCUGGCAAAAUUAUGAAAAGAUUAAGGUUGUUGCUAUGGUGGGGGCCCAUCUAAGUUUUUUGUAUGAGGAUGAAGAGGAAAGGGGGAAGUUUCUGUCUGUUAUCACUGAUGCAGAGUGGGGCAUUCAGCUUAGCAAACUCGGGGUUUCCAUCCAGUCUGUGUUUAGGCAGUGCGCAGAAACUAAGAGAAACUUGAUUCCUACACUUGUGAAAAACAAAAAUAUUACUCCUGAUAUCAUACUGCAUUACUGCAGCACAUUUGGAUUGGACAGUGGUUCUGCAAUCAAUUUGUACAUAACCACUCUACUGCUACAGGAGGACAGGUGGUAUGAAAUGGAGAUUGAAGAAGGUGAUGCUAAAGGUACCCUGCAGGGUGAAGAGUUACUGUUGGGAAAAGAUGACUUGCUUGAAAGUGCCCUACAAAUUAUUCCUCAGCUUGGCUCUACCAAAGACCUUGUGAUCAGUCUCAACACAGCCUUGACCAAGCUAAAUCCAUACAACUAUGAGUGGAUAGAGAGAGUACUCAGAACUAUUCAGACAGCUGAUGAAACUACAACCCUUCUACCCCUCGGUCAGAUGGUGGGAUUACUCCAGCAUUUAAAGUCACAUAGAAGAAUCUCUCCCCCCACUGACCUGGAGAGCUCAUACCUUUUGGAAAAUGGUCUUGAACCCACUGCUCUAGCUAACACCCGCCUGCCCUUUCAUCUGUUCUUCCAGACCAACCAUGCUUUCUGGAAAAUUGUCUCUCCAGAACUUAGUGAGGGCACUUUACCCACGCUACUUCUCAUCUGUAAAUUAAUGAAGGUUAAUCCUGAUAAGCUGUAUGUUUUAGCUGUGAACCAUGUGUUCAAGAAGAGUCUCUUGCCUUUGCUAACGGAUCAAUCAAAGAAAAUCCAGAGUCUUAAUCCCAGUAAAGAACUGUCCAGUGUGACUCAGAGUAUCUUUAAGUAUGCACUGUGCAUUCAGAAUCUGGAACUUGCUGCAGCCACAGUCCAUAAAAUUGCGCAGGACCUUCCUGCAGGUGCACAAAAGACAGAUUUCUUAAAGUUCAGUUUGGAGCUUGUACACAAGUUACUGCAGUCUGAUUCUCUGGAGGAAAAUUUACAGGCGCGAGGUGAAGCACUCAUCUCUAAACUGCAGCUGCAGUAUCAGCGCUCAGCCACGGAGAAUGCUCUUAUUUCAUCUCAGCUCAGCUCUCCAGAGCUCCUCAAACUCACAGGACUUCCUGGUCGCCUCAUUGUAGCUCUCUUUGAGCAUAGCUCCGUGCUGGACCGUAUGAAAAACCCUUCUGGUCUGACUUACCCCGACAUUCACAGCGUGGCCAAAGAUAUUGCCUCCAUCAAUGGUGUUGAUCUUUUAAAGAUCCGGAACAUUCUUCUGGAGAAGUGGUUGUGCCAAACAGCGCAGUCAAUUGGCAAGGACAUAAAUCAUCAGGACCAUGUGACUGAUAUAAAUGAUGACCCUGACCUCAUGAGAGUUGUUUACUUGCUGCAGAUGCACCCUAUGGAUAUAAGUGCACGAUUGCUCAGCCCCAUCUUGACAGCACAGACAUGGCCCCUGGGAGGAUCAGGCCUUCGCUUGACCUUUGAACAUCGCAGCCGCGCUCUUCUCUGUCUCACUCACUUAGCAGAUCCUGCUACCUUGGAGGCACUUUCCAACCAACCUAGUAGCAAAAUCAAAUAUUAUUUGAAGUGCUACAUGUACCUUGCCCAGAUGGAGGCCCUGAACAUUCCCUAUACCUUGGAAAUGUUCAUCAGCAGCCCUAAGGAAGGCAUGAUCAAGGGUUUAUGGAAGAACCACAACAAUGAACCUCAGGCUGUCAGGCUUGUUGCAGAGCUUUGUUUGGAGUAUGAGGUUUAUGACUUGCAGCUAUGGAACAGUGUUUUGCAAAAACUCAUGUCGUUCAAUAUGACAAGCUAUUUGCAGAAGGUUCUUGAAGCCCUCAUAGCAGUGCCACAUCUUUUAGAGGGGCAAAGUCUUUCUCGGAUAUGGCGGAGUGUGAUUCAGGCUCCUUUCUUGACAGCCUCUCUUCCUCUCAGCCCUAGACAACAUGAUGUAAUGUAUAAGACAUUUGUCCUGCUUCUAAAAUGUCCUUUUUUAUUUACUUUGGAUCUGGUUGCUAUUGCCAAGCGCUUUUCUCAGUUCAGCCUGCAGGCCUUCUCUUUGGGAACUCUCUUGCUUAUACCUUGUGCCAAAAAGAAAGAACCACAGAUUCAAAACUUCUUGUUAUCCUGUAAUCCUACACUGAUUCUGGACCAGGUAGAGGAAAGCAUGACUACUGGGGAGUUAGCUGGCAUUCCUUCACAGAUUAGAGACACAGUGUUUACCUUCCUUUGUCGAAACGGCAAGUCCCAAAUGUUGAUGAAAAGCAAACACUUCAGUUAUUUGAAGAGGCACUUGAUCUCAAAGGGUCACUCUGAAACAGUGCAGGAGCUGCUGAACUGUCUGGUUGGGCAAAAUAGUGAAGAGGAGGCAAUUUCUUUUGCCAAUGAAUAUCUGAAAUACAAGGAGCUGAAAGGAAGUCAAACGUCAUCUUUGAGCAACACUUUGUCUGAUCCUGUCAGGGAAUUUUUGGAAAAGGCCUUGGAACCCAGGGUUACACAAACAUUGGCAUAAUAUUUAAAUUCCACUAUUUAUCUGUGGGUAAUAAUAUAGACAACCCUGCACUAAUCAAACAUAUGCUUGCACAUUUUGCAUUUAAUGUUGUUACUUAAUAGUAUUUCAGUACUAAUGUUUUGUGAAUAUAAACAACAAUCUACUACAAAUAAAACAAUUACAUUUUUUUCUAGAUGUGUAUGUGAAUGUACUGUAUCUAGCAAGGCUUGUUUAAAAAAAAGAUAUACACAAAGACUGUAGUCAAUAUUUUCAUUUUAGAUCUGAUUCCAAUUCUAUAAGAUUAAAAUGAUCUGAAAAGAGCACAGGUAAAUUGACUAUUUUUGUUUGCACUGCAGCAACACAAAAAAAAAACAGAUGUCAAACUUGAUACAAUUUCACACAUAACUCAAAAAUGGACUGGACAAAGUUAUUGGCACCUUGUCAAAAUUGUAAGAAAUAAUUGCUUUAAAAGCAUGUCAUGUUCCUGUAAUUUGUAUAUAGACACACCUGUGGUAAGUAAUGGACGUGAGCAAUAUAGGAAUCACACCAGUUAAAAUAGAGAAAAGUUGACUCAACCUUUGUUUUGUGUGUC